AUGAGCAUUCCCUUCCUUCAUAUACGCGAUGGGACGGAGGCUCACGGCGACUCUAUCUGGGGAGUGCGAUGGUUACCAGACGAUUCCGCGGUCACGAUAUCUGCGGACGGUACGGUUCGCCAGUGGGACUCGCAAUCCGGCCAGAUAUCGCGCAGUCAGUCCCCGCAUGCGCUUGGCCUUGUCUCUUUGUCGGUGGCGCCAAGUGGCGAACAGGUGCUAUACAACAGUCUCGAGGGUCUGACAUGCUUGUGGGACCUCCCCAGUGGAGAGGUGGUGGGGAGGCACGAAAGCUACGUUCGUAGCGGAGAAGAACCAUCUGAACCAUCAUGGUCCGUUUCCCUCAACCCGAAGGGCGGAACGUACGCGUCUACCGGUGGCUCGGGGAAUGUCACUAUACACUCCGCGGAUCCUUCAUCGUUCGGACAACGCCAAGCGACACUCACCAGUGGGCGAAUGAAGUUUGGCAUGUACUGCGUCCACAGUCCCGACGGGUCCCGUGUAGCGCUCUCCACCGAAACCGGGCAAAUCUACGUUUUCGACAUUGAAUCCCAAACACUGAAGGCGACGUAUACUUCGCACGCGAUGGCCGUCCGUGUUUUGGCGUGGUCGCACGAUUCACAACUCCUACUCUCCGCAUCGGAAGACAAACGUCUGACGCUCCACGACGUUCGCGUGUCUAGUGCAUCAGGGAAAACGUCCGGUGCUGUGGCGACGUUAACAGGACAUUCGUCAUGGGUGCUCAGUACCGAUAUAUCGCCCGACGCCCGACUCGCUGUCUCUGGUUCGGCCGACAAAUCCAUCAAAGUGUGGGAUAUCGGUGCUCGUGCAGCAGUGUCGACAAUCCAAGAAAACGGAGAAGUGUGGAGCGUCUGCUGGAGAUCGAAGGUGUCGGCCGCUGCUUCAGCUGGCGCCUUCGUCAGCGGCGGUGAAGAUGGUGUCGUUAGGUGGUGGAGAGGGGCCGGAGCCAGCUGA